AUGGGUCUCUCAUACAACAUCUACCUCACUUCCAAUAAGAUCUUUGGAUGCAAAACCUGCAAAACCCACUUGGCUGAUUACCACGAUAUCAUAAGUCGAAAUUUUCGUGGCCAACAUGGCAAAGCCUACCUCUUCAAUAACGUAGUCAACAUAACCCAAGCCGAGGCUGUGGAGCGGAGCAUGACAACCGGCCGCCAUGUUGUUCGAGACAUUAUGUGCCGGCAGUGCAAAGAGAUCGUCGGGUGGAAGUACGAUAAGGCAUACGAGACCACCGAGAAAUACAAAGAGGGCAAAUUCAUUCUGGAAGCGGAGCUGCUAUGUAUGGUAUACUAG